UCCAGAGCCACCCCUCGCUGGCCCGCGGCGACGCGCGGGCGCGGCCGCGCGCGCGCGGGGGGCCGCCGCCGCGCGAUGUGCAAGGCGGAGCAGGCGCCGCCGGGCCCGGGCGCCGUCCAGCCGCAGGUCGGCAAGGCCUCGCUCUCAAUGGAGCGGCCCAUGCCGCGGAUGGACGGGUGCCUGGCCGACCAGGUGUCAGGGCUGCUGGAGGCCAUGAACCUGGCGAGUACCUCGAUCAAUUCGUGCGAGGCCAGGCUGGAAAGUGCUCAGGCCGACUACAAGAGGCGCGUCGAGCACUUCGAGAAGUUGUACCGUGCCCUCAGGCUGGAAUACGGGCGCUCCUUCGACGAGGUGAGGCCGUACUUCCACGCGUCCCAGCAGCUGAGGGAGGCCUCGCGCCAGCUGUGCGACAUCGCCGGCGAGCUCUCCGUGGACGACCCCGGCGGCGCGGAGAGCGCGGCCCACUGCGAGAGGUACGCGCGCGCGCUGCAGGCAUGCAGGGACGCCAAGGAGACGCUGGAGAGCCUCCGCGCGCGCAUCGGCGACGCGGCGAUCAGGAGCACGAUGCACUGCUUCGCCCUGCUGGAGCGGCACCAGGAGGUCAUCAGCGAAGAGCACUCGCGGCUCCAGCAGCUCGAGGGGGACGCCCGCGCCGCCAAGGACGCGUACUGCGAGUCGCUGAGGGAGCUCGAGCAGCUGAGUGACGGAAUGCACACAGCGAGGAGACAGCUCGUCGAUGUGCGCUGACAAGUUGCAACCUGGUGCCCCAGCGCACGCCAAUAUUGGUUCUGCAACGUGUCUUUUCGACACACUCGAUGUUAGAACGCUGAUUCGACUUGGACGAAUUGCGCUGCAACGCAUUUUCGCCGCCGUGCUUGGGUCCACCCCCACCGUUGUCGCUCAUAGUGGGGACGUUGGUAGGGCGGGAGG